CGGCUGGGCGGCGUGUCGUGACUUCUUCAGUCCCAUCUGUCGUUUUGUGUUUGUCACGCUAUUUCGUUCAUCAUCUAACGUUACACAUGCAAUUUAUGUGGUUGGCUAGUUACUUAUUCGGGCAGGUUCUUAACCUGUUUCUGCGUUUAGCAAUAUAGUGGACGUUGGUGUGCUUGAAUUCAACGUUUCAACUUCUAACUCGCCCUUUUACAGGAAGUUACGUCCCGGAGGUAUUUUCUCCAUUCAUUUGCAGGCGGUGGUUACCGUCUUCCUGUUGCGGACUGAGCUACGGAAGGACUGUCCUAGUACUGGUCAAAGGAUGUCUGGAGAACUGUCCCGCAACAUAAACAUUAAGGAGCCACGAUGGGACCAAGGCACGUUCAUGGGGCGUGCCAGGCACUUCUUCAUGGUCACCGAUCCCAGGAAUGUCCUGCUGUCCUCUGAGACUCUGGAUGAGGCCAAAGUGAUCGUGGAAGACUACAGAGCUGGGAUCGUGAAGCCUGGUCUAACAGAGGAUGAGCUCUGGAGAGCCAAGUACAUCUAUGACUCUGCUUUCCAUCCUGACACGGGGGAGAAGAUGCUUGUGAUUGGCCGGAUGUCUGCUCAGGUGCCAAUGAAUAUGUCCAUCACAGGCUGCAUGCUCACCUUCUACAGGACUACUCCAGCAGUGGUGUUCUGGCAGUGGGUUAACCAGUCUUUCAACGCUAUCGUCAACUACACCAACCGCAGCGGAGAUGCUCCCAUCACCGUGAAUCAGCUUGGUGCAGCCUAUGUGAGUGCUACUACUGGAGCUGUAGUCACUGCCCUGGGACUCAAGUCUCUAGCUAUGCGGCUCCCUCCAAUCGUCAGCCGUUUUGUGCCCUUUGCUGCUGUUGCUGCUGCUAACUGUAUCAACAUUCCCUUCAUGAGACAGAGAGAGUUGAAGUACGGUAUCCCUGUGACAGAUGAGAACGGAAACAGGUUAGGAGAGUCAGCCAGUGCUGCCAAGCAGGCCAUUGUGCAGGUGGUGGUGUCAAGGAUCGGCAUGGCAGUGCCAGCAAUGGCCAUUCCCCCUGUUAUAAUGAAUGCUCUAGAGAAGAGGGCUUUCAUGAAGCGAUUCCCAAUUCUAAAUGCUCCUGUCCAAGUGGGGCUCGUUGGUCUGUGCCUGGUAUUUGCAACUCCCCUGUGCUGCGCCCUCUUCCCACAGAAAAGCUCUAUGAGUGUAAGCGGGCUGGAGGCAGAUCUGCAGGAGCGGAUACGACAGACCAGUCCUCAUACCACUACAGUCUACUUCAACAAGGGUCUGUAGGAUCAGCCAACAUAACACCAUGCGCACACAUAAGACAUGCAGACACUUGUGUAUAUAUGCACGUCUGUUGUCCUGUAGGCACAAGUAGGAGGGCAAAAAAAGCAAUUUUAUUUAUGCAAUUUUUUUGUAGUGUGUACUUCUGCGUUUGUUUGUUUUUUUUUUAAUAACAAUUUGAAAAACAGGAUUCAUUGAAGAGAAAACAAAACAUUGAGAAGGAAGGUCACUGACAGUUCUCUCUGUAGCACUGCUUAGAGAAGAAAAGCCGAUUCCAUUGGUGUGUUCCUUCUUCCUUCACUCAAAACUGACUUGCGUUUAACCCGCCAAUAUUUCAUGUUGAUGUUCAUGUUGCAUUCAGGUUCAUGCAAGUUUUAACUCGGCUGACAAAUUAUUUAACUCCAGUUUAAAAUGAACGCUCAACCUUUCAAGUUGUGUAUAUAACUGUUUCUGAAUGUAACAGUUUUUCCUUGUCUUCUUUCCUGGUCAUGGUCAUAUUAUUCCAUUUUAAAAAGUGAUAAUGUUAUGUUAAAAUUCUUGCCACCAAUAAAUUUCCCCAUUUUAAUUCCAACAUGUAGUUAAACUGGAGGAACCAGGAUGUUAAUUAACCUUUGAUGAAUAAGCUCCGCUUGUGUUGUAUUCUGCCUCCUUGCCAUCCAGUGCAGCUCCUACUCUCUCUUUUAAGUGUACUUAUGUCCCUUCAUGUUCAUGGACCAGGUAGUGAGGUGCUAGGGUACAAGUGGAAAAGAAACUAUGUAAAAAUUAUACUGCAAAAUCUGACAAAGUGCAGCUUGAGAGUGCACAAGUUACCAAUACCUGCCUUUGUCAGCAUAAAUGUGUACUGUUGCCAUGGCAGCGGCAGCCUCUGUUUCAAGGCUAUUUUUGAGAUCACUUUAUGAAGUAUUGCAGUUGCUAUCUGUAGACGUUUUGAUGUCAGUGAUGGUGCUUGUUUGGUGGCUGUGUCAGUUGGAGAGGAACGUCCUGUGGUGUGUCUGUGUUGAUCCUAAGACAAUAUCCUGUGAUCUGAACUGAAAUUUUAUCUCCAAAUCAGGCCAUUGUACUGGAUUUCUAAGGAGUUGUUGUUGUUACUUUUGUUGGUUUUAAUGUUGCACAAGCAGACUGAAAGAUGUGAAAGCAGCUUAGUUGUCAGGGUUUUUACAUGCAACAACUAGCUAGCCAUCUGCAGAACUGUCUUUUGCACUGUUGAUGCCCCGUUGCACCAAAUGGAACUAACAAAUGUUCUGUGGCAGAGACAAAAUACUAAAUGUUUAUAUCCAAGUUUAGAUAGUCUUUGGCGUUGCUUCGCUUGAAGUUUGAUAUUCUCUGAUCAAAUUCAUUCAUAUUGUUGAUGAUGCUGUCCAAACUAUUCAGCGAUAGUGCCGAUGGUGUACGUGAGAAAUAUUAGCUGUCUGGAUUAUGUAAGAAUGGAGCACUUAUGCAUGGGGGAUUUUAGAGAUUUCUUCUUCAAGGUACAGUAUACACUAAAAACAUCAGCAGCUCAUGUCACAGGAGCACAGGAGUGUAAUGUAUUGCAAAUGAGUAAGUGCUCCUGUUGCUUUAGGGCUAAUGAGGUCACAUAUUAGAGGAGUUAGUGUGAGGUGAUGUUUCAUGUACAAAGACAGAAAACUGUAUCUAACUGUAAGAUUGUACCGACCAUGUUCAUACUUAAAUUGAACUCCAUACAGCACCUGUGCUUCGGUGUUUCUGAAGUUUGAAGUUGUAAGAUCAUUCGAGUAAACUGUUUGUGGUUAUUAUGGGCCUUAAACAAACUGAACUUCUGUGCACGAUGACUGUGCUUAUGUGGUUUCAUUCCAACGUGCUAUUCAGAUCAUUUUAUCACAUUUUAAAAACACAUACGAGCUAAAAGUGUCUGGAUAUUGAAGACUCCCCCCGCUACUGUAUAAAGAUGUGGAUGUCUUUGUAUUAAUUUAAAAUAACUGAUAUCUUAUUCUGGAAUACAACUUAUUUAAACUCACCAUUGUUUUUCAUAUUGUCAUAGAAAUCUUUAACCCCCUGAGCAACAGACUUUGUGUAUCAGCCAUGUCGGCAGUCAGCAGUGCUGCCUCCUCCUGUUAACAGUGACACAUGAUCACACUGCACGACCGUGUUUCAGCAGCACUUCCUUAGGUACGUCCUGAUGACUUUUUUGAUGGUAGUUAUUGUGCUGUAUUUGGAGUGUGUUCCUGAUGAGGGUCAAACUGUAAUACAUGAGCUUUGCUGUGCUGCUGUAGGAGCUCCUCGGAUUUGUGUUGCUAUUUAAAAGGAGCUUGUAAAAGUAUUUGUAAAAUUUGUUCUGUAUGGAGCUGAUUUGCAUAAUGUUGCUGCUAAUUGGGAAUUUAUUUAUUGUCGCUUUCAUUACUGAUAACUGAGUGGCUCAGUUUCUGCUUUGUACUUUCAUGAUUUUCUGCUCUUUGGGUAUAGCACAAAAGUAUCAAGAACAAAACCGGAGGCUUUUAGUGAGAUUUUAAACAUGUGGAUCAGCUUGUGACAGGGCUGUACCACCGUAACAUGUCACAGCGAUACAUCCAGCCAAAGAUGAGAUGGGUGUGAAUUGUACAUUGAACUGACUGAGGAGAGGAGGUUUCAGCUUUAUCGUACGGACCUAGUUUGUUUUCAGACAAUAUCUUCAGCUUUGUCUGUGCAAUACCAACACUUUCAAAAACAUCACAAACCAUCGUCACUCAAGAUAGAAAUAAGUCACAACAGAUUUGAGUCGAGUCAAAGGUCAUAUUUUUGACUGAUUUUGACAUUUCAAUUGUAAUUUAUAACUUUUGAGCAUGAAAACGUUAGAUCUUUGCAUAUUGAAGGCAAAUGUGAAAAACAAUCUUAAUGUUACACUCCUUGAAUGUUUGGGUUAUUUCAUGUACAUACAACUUGUAUACAUGUAGUUCUCUCAGUUGUUGGUGCACAGUGUUUUCUCCCUAUAUUUUAUAUUGUUGAAAUAUAUUUCUUUGACCUGAAAUGUACUUUACUCAGAGCACUAGAAUAAAACGUAUAACGAUGUCAAA